ACAUAAAAAAUAAAUAAAUAAAAAUUGAAAAGAAAGAGAAAACAUAGUGUGGCUUUGCCUGGCCAGUUCGAAAUAAUAAAAUUGAUACAAGUAUUUGACCAAUGCUAAUGUUUUGAUUUAAUUUGGAUAUUGUUUUUUUUUUUUUUUGGUUUCUAUCAUUGGGGGAACUUGCUGAAAACCCUAGACAGAGGAACAAGGAAGAAGAAGAAGAAGAAGAAGAAAAAGAAUACGAAAGAAGUAAUCGACAAAUGGAUUUGGACCAGUGGAUCUCGAAGGUCAAGGAAGGCCAGCACCUUUUGGAGGACGAGCUUCAACUUCUCUGCGAAUACGUUAAAGAGAUUCUAAUUGAGGAAUCUAAUGUGCAACCUGUAAAUAGUCCAGUCACUGUUUGCGGUGAUAUUCAUGGUCAGUUCCACGAUCUCAUGAAACUUUUCCAAACUGGUGGCCAUGUCCCAGAGACCAAUUACAUAUUUAUGGGUGAUUUUGUUGAUCGAGGGUACAAUAGUCUUGAAGUUUUCACAAUUCUUUUGCUUCUUAAAGCUAGAUAUCCAGCAAACAUAACACUUUUGCGUGGAAACCAUGAAAGCAGGCAACUGACCCAGGUGUAUGGUUUUUAUGACGAGUGCCAGAGGAAGUAUGGAAACGCUAAUGCAUGGCGGUAUUGUACAGAUGUUUUUGAUUAUUUGACGCUCUCAGCAAUCAUAGAUGGCACUGUACUUUGCGUUCAUGGCGGUCUUUCUCCUGAUAUUCGAACUAUUGAUCAGAUAAGAGUAAUUGAGCGAAAUUGUGAAAUUCCUCAUGAGGGACCAUUUUGUGAUCUUAUGUGGAGUGAUCCUGAAGAUAUUGAAACGUGGGCAGUCAGUCCACGUGGAGCAGGUUGGCUCUUUGGAUCCAGAGUCACUUCUGAGUUUAACCACAUAAACAAUCUUGAUCUGGUCUGUCGAGCGCACCAGCUUGUACAAGAAGGUUUGAAGUACAUGUUCCAAGACAAAGGCCUUGUUACGGUCUGGUCUGCGCCCAAUUACUGUUACCGAUGCGGAAACGUGGCAUCUAUAUUGAGUUUUAAUGAGAAUAUGGAGAGAGAGGUGAAAUUUUUUACCGAAACAGAGGAGAAUAACCAGAUGAGAGGACCUAGGACAGGAGUUCCGUAUUUCUUAUAGUCAAUCAUUUGGAGCUAUAUAACCUGCAUUUACCUGUAUAAUUAUUCAACUGUCACUAUAGGUCGUUGCAAUUUGGAGCUUUACGUGUCUUCUUAUUCUUGUUUUUAAGAUUUUCCAUUCGGUUUAGUUUGCUUUUGAAAUUUACGUGGGCUGUGCAUUAGUUUCUGAUUCUCAUUCCAUUAUUAAUUCAUGCUUGUUUUAUUUCCUUUCCAA